CCUGGGGGUGGGUGGGAGAUUAAUAGGCAGCGCAAAGCAAUCCAGCCUGCCACUCAGCUGAACAUUGGGCUUCACGGGGGAAUGCAAGGCACCCAGGAUGGGAAAGAACUGGAGGAAGAGGAAGAAUUGGAGGAACUGGAAGGUACCAAUGAGGCACUAAUAAGGAAACACCAGCUUCCACUCUCUGCACAGUCAGCCUUCAGCUACAUCCCACCCCGACGUAAGGACCCUCCUGAACUUAGUUAUUUUUACCAGGAGAGCAAGCCAGGAAUUGUUGCCCUAUAUGACUGCGUUUUCAAAAGACCAACCGGCUAUGAUGCAAAGCUCCAUCGGUGUGACAGAGAACAUUCAAAAAGCAGAGGACUUCAUAUUAAUGAUGAGGAAAAGAAAAGGCCUAUAGCUGUCUUGUCUUCUUCUGAAUAUGGGCGGCAUAUAAACAAACCUGUGGAAGAGCUAAUCCGAGACCACGUGCGCAUUAAUCACGUAAAGGCAGAGUUCUACAGAAAAAAUGAAAUAGCUUGCUUGAUAGAAAAAUGAAUCCAACUUAAGAAUCUACUGUGAUAGAUACCUAACAGCAAGAUGGUAUCAAAUUCCUGUAGUGCCUUGCUUGGAUUUAUAGUUCAAAUGUAACAUUGAACAUUACAGUUCAAUCUUUAUUUAUCGCUGAGGUUUUAGCUAAUUUUUAAGCUAUUUUUAGGGCCUUCAAGCAUGAUGAUACUUGUGUGACCUCCAGCUUAUACUUGUACUAGUACUCACUUCUCCAUUUUUUUUCUCCUGGAAAAACUGUGCAAAGAUUUCACCAGAAAAGUGGCUUGACACUCUUAACACACUAGAGUACCUAUGUAUUAAUCUGAAAAUAAUAACCUCUGUCAUUUCUUAUCUGUUUGUGAUUUACAGUUUCUAUACUUUUAAUUGUAUCAAACCUAAAGGACUUGGUAGUAUGUAUUGUUGCUUAAACAUGCUUUUUUAUUCCAAUUUCAUCUCUUCAUUAAUUUGAAUGUUUUAUAAGUGUGUUUGGAAUGCUUAAUUAAGGAGGUCACCAUUAAAAGAAAAAAA